UGCUACACUGCCCCUCUCGCUCUCCAUUCAUUAAUAAUUCCUGGGAAAUGAAAAUCACAUUAUUUUUUAAUGUAACGGUGUUUUGUUGUGUCCUAUGCGAUUUGGACCCAAAGGAAUUUCCUAAUAGUUUUCAGGCUCUCGAACAAGAGUACUGCAUGAGCACCUACAGGUGUGGAGGGAACGUCACCCUCCCGGACAACUGUCGGUGUGACACUGAUUGUGUCGUGUACGGGGAUUGUUGUCCUGGAGAUGUGAACGAAAAACCGGAAAAAGCCAAAGUGAUUCCUAAAUUCACGUGCGAGUAUCGAGAGGAUAUUGACCCUGAGAACUUCAUAUACAUUGUCAAUUCGUGUCCCCGUGGUGCUGAUACAGAACUAAAAAACAAGUGUGAAAAUGUAAGCGGGAGUGAUGUUUUUGAACGUAUUCCAGUCAGUGGGCAAAAGUCGGGAUUUCUAUAUAAAAACAUGUAUUGCGCGUUGUGUAAUGUAGAUAAUUACGUAAUAUGGAACCCUGGGAUCCUAUGUAAAUGGAAGUAUACUUUGCCAGAAAAAUUAAAAGUUUCGUUAUUAUUAAAUGAUACCAAUUGCCGUGUAACUUAUUCCCCUCCUAAGGGAAACUUAACGCAAAGGACUUGUUUUCCUAUCACAACGGCAGAGAGUUGCCAAAAUGAAACUCUAAUGACGUCAUGUAAAUUCGGAAAUUAUGCACCGGUAUUCGGAUUGAACAUAGCCUAUCGAAACACCGAUUGUGCAAGAUGUCAAAAUUUUCCUGAACUUAACCUGACAUGCAACUUUAAGUCUUCACAAUUGAUUCCUAGUAAAACAAAACGAAAAAUUUACAACUUCAGUUACAGAGUUCUAUUUGAUUUGAAUAGUAAGCAGGAAUUGUCAGAGACGCGAUUCAGAUCUUCAGUACAGAACGAAAGUACAAGCCCCCUAUCCUCCAUCUGCGACAGGAACCAUUUGCUGGAUCCAUUUACCGACCAGUGUUACAAGAUUGUGUGCAAACCUCCAUUUAUUUAUCAAAAUGGUAAAUGUUUAUUGAAGGAGGGAUUCACAAACGACCCAAACAUCACCUCGUGCAUCUCUAGGCUUUUUCGCCAGAAUGAGUUUAAAAAAGUAAAUUCUUCUUCAAUUUUCGUUUUUUCUCUGAGUAGAACGAUCACUAAUUUUACCUUGGAGAAAAAUGAAACAGUUGCAUACGUUUGCAUAAACGAAAGCAAAAUUGAUGAUCCAUUGAUCAACACGAGACUGACAACCGAUUUUUCAAAAGAGGAAAGCCUUUUGUCUUUCAUUGGUGGAAUUUUGUCUAUAACGUGUCUUUUUGUAUGCCUUAUUGUUUACUUUUGUUCCUCAAAAUUACACAAUGUACCUGGUAAAAAUAUCAUGUGUCUAAUGGCAUCCUUGCUCGUGGCUCAAUUGUUAUUUCUACUGGCGCCAUUUAUCUUUGAGAUAAAAAAUCAAAGUUUAUGUGAGGCCCUUUCAAUUUUUACACACUUUUCCUUUCUUGCAGCCUUUUUCUGGAUGAAUGUCAUGUCUUUCGACAUAUUUUUCACGUUUUCAAAGGGUUUUAUAAAUUCGGGUGAAAGGGGAAGUACCUCGAAGCGUUUCCGAUUCUACUCGAUCUAUGCGUGGUUAGGUACUUUCAUUGUUGUUGGGACUGCGACCUUGGUUAAUUACACUUCAGAUUCCAGCCUCAGACCCGCGUAUGGCAGAGGCUUCUGUUGGAUUUCAAACAGCCGGGGUCUGCUUGUUUUCUUCUUGGUUCCUAUUGCAAUUCUGUUGCUUUCAAAUAUCAUUUUCUUCAUUGUGUCUGCUAAAAGCAUACACACUUCAUCUAAGAAGACGUCACGAGUUCUACAGAAAAAAGAUGCUUGUAAGUUAUUUAUUUAUAUUAAGCUUUCGGUUGUGAUGGGGUUAACCUGGUGUUUUGGAUUCCUUGCAUCAGUAACAAACCACGUGGUGACAUGGUAUUUGUUUAUCUUCUUUAAUACUUUACAAGGCUUUUUUAUUGCGGUGUUUUUUGUUUGUACAAAAAAAGUAUUUCGAAUUGUACGAGAUGGUGCCACUUCUUUUUAUUCAAACACCAGGUCCUUCACUUUGACAAAAUCUAUGAAUUCUAAGUCAGAGAGUGAAGAGUAUAGGAACCAUGUGUUACGGAAGUACAAAGCUACAGAACCGAUCUGAUAGAAACAUAUCCUGGAGGAAGUGAUUCCAGUAUUUAAAAUGUAUUUUGAACUUUAAAAUAUGUAAAUAAAAACAACUCCAAAGUAAAAAUACUUAUUAUAGUCAUAUUUUUUG